CGAACGGGAACGUCACGUUUCGCAGUUUCGGUGAUUUCGAUGAAAAAUUUAUUAGUAACCAAAGUAAAAUAGAAUUUUAUUGUGAAUUAUUGUUUUCGUGCUUGUGUUAUCUACUCUUUAUCUUAAAAUCAAUUGAAUGUAGACUAAUAAAAAUGUCAGACGAGAGCUCCGAGUGUACAAACGGGGAAACAUCGACAGUGCCUGAACAAAUAAAUGAAAAACGAAUUGGAUGCGCUCAUUACAAGAGGCGGGCAAAGUUUGUCACACCAUGCUGUAACAAAGUGUACAUGUGCCGGUAUUGUCACGAUGAGAACGAGAACCACUACAUCAACAGGAAGCUCGUGACGGAGUUGAUGUGCACAGAGUGUGAUACUCGUCAGACUGUACAGGCAGAGUGUCAGAACUGUGGUGUGAGGUUUGGAAAGUACACAUGCCUAAUCUGCAACCUGUUUGAUGAUGAAGACAAGAAGCAGUAUCACUGUGAGGGAUGCGGCAUCUGCCGUGUCGGUGGUCGUGACCGGUUCUUCCACUGCGAACGCUGCAACAUGUGCUUGCCAGUGCAGCUACAGAGAGUGGGACAUAGGUGCGUGGAAAACGUGUCCCGGGCUAACUGCCCCGUCUGCCUGGAGGACAUCCACACAUCACGGAUUCCGUGCCACAUCCCGGACUGCGGGCACCUGUUGCACCGACCCUGCUUUGAGCAGAUGCUCAAGUCAGGCCACUACGCCUGCCCUACUUGCCAGACCAGCAUGAUCGAUAUGACCAACUUAUGGAACUACCUGGACUCGGAAGUGGCAGCGACGCCCAUGCCGCCGGAGUACGCGGACUACAAGACCACCAUACUCUGCAAGGAUUGUCACAAGCUGUCCACAGUGAAGUUUCAUGUUGUGGGUUUAAAGUGCCAGCACUGCGGCGGAUACAACACCUGCCAGACCAACGGCUUCCACAAGGACUCGGGCAGCUCGAACCAGUGCAACUCCUCACCAUCAGCCUCCACUGCCAGCAGAAGCGGCUCAUCAUCAGCCAGCUUCGAGCCGCGCACCGACACCGAGGACGGAGACCCCGGCCUGCCGCGCCCCGGUCCGCUCGACGAGCCACCGCAGGCCUGACGCCCGGUACAGGCCAGGACUAGCCCUGAGGCCAGAGUUAGGCCUGAAGGUGUGGGGGCCAGAUUAUAUAGGUCCGAGGGAGAGGCCCGAGUUAAUAGGCAUGAGGUUGGAGCAUUAAGUAGGCCUGAUGGACUAGAGACCAGCAUUAAUAUGCCAGAGGGGCUGGAGAUAAGAGAAAGUAGGCCUGAUGGGCUAGAGGUCAGAGUUAAUAGGCCCGGGGUUCUAGAGGCCAGAGCAGGCACGGGUCAAUACAGCCUGGGCCUGCCAACCGCGGUGCCAAACAUCCCCUUCCGCUCGCGUGAGUUCGCGACCCGCACGGGCCGCGUCGCCACCGGCACGGAGCAAAUAUCCCCCGGAACUGUACAUUUUCCAUCGGAAACGAUAGAGAGUAGCUUUACCGCAAACGGGGCCAGUAUAGGCCUCAGUGAUUAUAUCCCGGACUCCCCCGGGCUGGAUGAGGCCAACCCGUACGCUUAUAGAAUCAGAUGGUCCACUAAUUCCUAAAGUAUCAAAUACGUGUAAGCCAGUUAACGUCAGUUUGGAUUAUCGAUAGUCAAAACACGCUUUCUCUUUCACAAAUACUUAAAAUGAGAAAGACGAUGAUAGAUUUAACCCAGACGGCGUAGGUGGGCCGAACGAUCCUAUUGACCGUAGUUUGAUCUUAACGCGAUUUAAAGAAGAAGAAUAUAGUCUUGAAAUACGUUACUUUCUGACUUGGUAUCGUUUCUAUAUUCUUACUCUAGCUAAGGCCCCACAAUUCUGCUUUUGCAGUAUUUUUCUCAGCAUAAUAUUUGUAUGGUCCAAAGUUAACUUAGGAGAACUUAGUAGACCCAAAAAUUGUGAUCGUUUUUUUUAUUAACUUAGUAACCUUUUGUUGUAAAUUUAAAUCAUGGUCAAUUAUUAUAAUAUAGAUCUAUUUUAUUUCUGUCUAAGCCAUAAACAUUAUACGUAUUUUUUAUAUUUUUAAGCUGCUUUUGGUUUAGGUUGUCAGCUGUUAAAUGUUACUAUUUGUUAAAUUCGCCAUAAUAUGAUGUCAGUCUCAAGCUGUCUCACUUACACACAUCUAAUAUAAUGCAUAAAGGAGAUUUCAGACAUUUAAACCAAAAUAUGCGAAUUUAAUAAAAUAUGCAUGAAUUGCCAACCUGUUGUAAAUAGCUGUGUCCAUUUUUAUAGAUGUUCAUAUAAUCAUAAUAAAAUAAAUGUUACAUUAAAGAUACUAAAACACACAAAAAAGAAAUGCUUUGGCGGUGAUCUAAAAAUCCUAUUGGUUGUGUUUGAUGUUAUGGUGGCACUUCACAUGGCUAUUGGUAUUUGCUAUUGGCUAUUUGUUGCAUUUG